UAAUGGUUAGAAGCAUGCCUUCUAAGAAGCGCAAACAGCCCUGGGAAUAUUCCACUAACAGAAACACCAUCCGCGCACGCAGACGCAGAGAUAAUUUACCUGAAGAGCAACUUGUAGCAGAGGACGGCAAACUCUUCGAUACCAAGGCGAUAACUCGUGUUUGGGGGAUAACAUCUAGUACUCAGGAGUACAAGAUGGCUUCCGAGGAAGAAAAGAAGAAACUGCUAGCAGCGGACGAGAAUAUGGUAAUGGAACGUCGUCGGUCAAAGGGACAGGAUGUAGAAAGCAAGAUGGCGAGGUUCCUUGAACGCUAAAACCUCGCCGCCAACAGUGGCAAUGUGGCUGUCUCGAAUCCCCUUACACCUUCUACCGAUGCCAGAGUCGGCACGGACUCUUUGACGGAUCCGAGUCUACUACCGCUAUCACAUUCCCCCGGACUCACAGGAGUCCCGGACCACCAUAAGGUGUGACGGAUCAGCCUUAUCACCUGUAAUAUCGCGAGGCUGUUCGACUUGCGAUUCUCGUCUUUUGGUGGUUGUUUGGCUCAAUUGGCAGGUGAUAGCUUCCACC